UAGGCCAGUAGACUUAUUUCGAUAUUUCAGGGAGUCGGCUUGUUUGCUGCCUUACCAGACGUUGGACUGACGGUUGAUAUCAGUGUCCUCUCUCAGCUUCAGUUGCCGAAGUGUGCGGAGGCAGCAAAAGACGAGGAAUACGCCUACAGGAGAACUCCAGAGCAAGGAUCCUCAGAGCGCUCCAAGCUGGGGAUUCGGACUUUGUGGCCGCAGCCUGUACAGAGACAGAUAGGCCUGCCUGUUUUAUAUGUAAAGCUGCCAGCCAGAAAGCACAGGCCCGCAGGGUACGCCACAACUCCUGCAGCAACUCCUUUGUUGCAGCCAAACUGUAACGGGGUCCCACUGUCUAAGCUGCUUUGCAUUCUGGGAGCAAGAGAUGGAAAGGACACUAAGGAUGAAUAUCUUCCCCUAUUUCCCACUCUAUUCUUUUCUUUUGCUGAGCAAGCUGUUUCUUUCUUUCACUAUUGACUGCUUGUCAGAAGACACCAGACGCAGGACUGUGCAGGUGACACACCAGGCAUAAGCUCACCUCUCCCACAUUGAGGCCCCACCGCCCCCUGCUGUUCAUCGUGGCAAAGCUUGGCGCAGUUUGUUCUUGUUUUCUGAGCACAUGAAUCUUGCAUGCAGUGGAUAUUUUGAUCCAUGACAGUGCGUAUUUCACAGGCAGCCGUGUUCCAUCUCAUCAAAUACAGUCGUCUGCUUCUCUGCCAGUGCUGAUGGAGGAAAGUCUUUGGCAUCUCAUUAUUAAUUGAAUUAAGGGAGAUAUUUCUGGAGCAAGGGGAAAUGAUGGUGAACUGGUUGCUGACUUGGCAAUCCUUUCUCCAUACUAUAUGGCUGCCAUCAGGCAACACCAGAUACAGUAUGAACAUGCUGAAACAGAAACAGAAGGAAGAGGCGAUGUUCAGAAACAAGAAGGGUGAAGCUUUGGGCUUCAGCGUUUGGUGGGGAAAUGAAGUCCAUCUCGGCAAAGUACUCUGGCUCCCAGCUGCUGCAGAAGGGAAAGGGACAGAUGGACUCAGUCUCUCAUCAGUUAUCUCUCUGACCCUAGCGAGGAAAAAAGACGGACAAGAUGAUGGGAAGUACAAUUUUAACUGCCUGAUGACAACGUACAACUCUAAUAUGUACACAAGUAUGAAAUACAAGGAGUUUGAGCGGGCAGUGCGGGUGGAGGAGAUUGAUGGGCUGCGGCUGGUAAAGAGGCUGGCAGAGGACAUGGAGGAGAUGUUUCACAAGAAGGCCCAGGCAAUGAAGAGACUGGUAGAGGCAGCAGAGGAAGCCCACCUACAGCACGAGGAGGAUCCAAACCUACAGUAUGAAUACUUCAAUGCAGUACUGAUCAAUGAGGUGGAUGAGGAGGGGAACAGCGUAGAGCUGGGAGGAGAAUUCAUCCUGCAACCCAAUGACCACUUUAACAACCUGUCAGUCAACCUCAGUCUCAGCGUGGUCCAGGUGCCCACCAACAUGUACAACAAAGACUCUGCAAUUGUCAACGGAGUGUACUGGUCUGAGGCCUUGAAUAAAGUGUUUGUGGAUAACUUUGAGAGAGACCCAUCACUCAUAUGGCAGUACUUUGGCAGUGCCAAAGGCUUUUUUAGGCAGUACCCUGGGAUCAAGUGGAAGCCAGAUGAACAUGGGGUCAUAGCUUUUGACUGUCGUAACCGGAAGUGGUACAUCCAGGCUGCCACCUCUCCAAAGGAUGUGGUCAUUUUGGUGGAUGUCAGUGGCAGCAUGAAAGGCCUCAGGCUGACUAUUGCCAGGCAGACUGUCUCCUCCAUACUGGACACUCUUGGAGAUGACGACUUUUUUAACAUCAUCGCUUACAAUGAGGAAUUGCAUUAUGUGGAGCCGUGCCUAAAUGGAACUCUGGUCCAAGCAGAUGUCACCAACAAAGAUCAUUUCCGGGAGCACCUCGACAAGCUGUUUGCCCAAGGCAUUGGUAUGUUAGACAUAGCUCUGACUGAGGCCUUCAGUCUUCUCAGUGACUUCAACGAGACUGGGAGGGGUAGUGAGUGUAGCCAGGCCAUUAUGUUGGUGACAGAUGGAGCAGUGGACACAUAUGAUGCCAUCUUUGCCAAGUAUAACUGGCCAGAGAGGAAGGUCCGCAUAUUCCCAUACCUGAUUGGUCGAGAGUCAGCCUUCGCAGAUAAUCUGAAAUGGAUGGCAUGUGCUAACAAAGGCUACUUCACUCAGAUUUCCACAUUAGCAGAUGUGCAAGAGAAUGUGAUGGAGUAUCUCCACGUGCUGAGUCGUCCCAAGGUGAUCGACCAGGAGCACGACACGGUGUGGACUGAGGCCUACAUCGAUAGCACUCUCCCCCAAGCACAAAAGUUGGAGGACGGUCAAGAUCCGGUUCUGAUGACCACAGUGGCAAUGCCAGUGUUCAGUACCAAGAACGAGACUAGAAACCGUGGCAUCCUACUAGGGGUGGUUGGGACAGACGUGCCUGUCUCUGAGCUGCUCAAGACCAUCCCCAAAUAUAAGCUGGGCAUUCACGGCUACGCCUUUGCAAUCACCAACAACGGCUACAUCCUCACCCAUCCAGAUCUACGGCCACUUUAUGGAGAUGGCAAGAAGCGAAGGAAGCCAAACUACAGCAGUGUGGAUCUGUCUGAGGUGGAAUGGGAGGAUAAGGAUGACACGCUGAGAAAUGCCAUGGUCAACAGGAAGACAGGGACCUUCUCCAUGGAGGUGAAGAAGAGUGUUGACAAAGGGAAACGUGUACUGGUGUUGCAUAAUGAUUACUACUACACAGACAUCAAGGGGACUCCUUUCAGUCUAGGGGUAGCUCUUUCCAGAGGCCACGGGAAGUUUUUCUUCAGAGGGAAUGUCACAGUGGAGGAAGGACUUCAUGACUUGGAGCAUCCUGAUGUAGCGCUGGCAGACGAAUGGACAUACUGUAACACAGACGAGCAUCCAGAACAUCGCUACCUGUCCCAGAUAGAGGCUAUCAAACUAUACCUCAGUGGACACGAACCCCACCUACAAUGUGACAAGGAACUGAUUCAGGAGGUUCUCUUUGACGCGGUGGUGACUGCCCCUUUGGAGGCCUACUGGACGAGCCUCGUGCUCAAUAAGUCUGAGAACUCUGAUAAAGGGGUGGAGAUAGCCUACCUGGGUACAAGAACAGGCCUGUCCAGAAUUAACCUGUUUGUGGUGCCUGAUGAGCUUACAAACCAAGACUUCCUGACAGCUGAAGACAAAGAGGGGGUGUUCAACGCUGAUCACUUUCCCCUGUGGUACAAGAGAGCAGCAGAACAAGUUCCUGGUACCUUUGUCUACUCUCUACCUUUCAACACAGGAUCAGAAAACAAGAGUGUUGUAUUGGCCAGCACUGCCAUUCAGCUUCUGGAUGAGAGGAAAUCACCCAUAGCUGCGGCUGUGGGCAUCCAGAUGAAACUGGAGUUCUUUCAGAAGAAAUUCUGGACAGCCAGCAGACAGUGUGCAGCAUUAGAUGGGAAAUGCUCCAUAAGCUGUGACGAUGAGAACAUUAACUGCUACCUCAUUGACAACAACGGCUUCAUUCUGGUAGCAGAGGACUAUACUCUGACAGGGAAAUUUUUUGGAGAAGCAGAGGGAGCUGUAAUGAGUAAGCUUCUGCAGAUGGGCUCUUUCAAGAGGGUCACUCUGUAUGACUAUCAGGCACUAUGUUGGGUUUUUUCAGAGAGUAGUGACAGCGGACACACACUGUUGGAUCCUUACUUUGCUUUCUUCUCAGCCAUGAAGUGGAUGCUGACUGAGCUUGUAAUAUUCCUGGUCGAGUUUAACUUGUACAGCUGGUGGUACUCUGACCUCACAGCUAAAGCUCAGAGGAUGGGUCGGACCAUGCAGGUACCAUGUGACACAGAGUACCCGGCCUUCAUCUCCGAGAGAACCAUCAAAGAGAACACAGGCAACCUUGACUGUGAUGGCUGCAUCAACUCCUGUUACUCUACCAGGACCUUUUGUUAUACGCUUUUAGCUGCAUUUGCACGAAGAGCCGCUGGAAGGUCCUUUGUGAUCCAGCAGAUCCCCAGCAGUAAUCUCUUCAUGGUGGUGGUGGACAACAAGUGUGACUGCAGCAUGUUUGAGCCAAUCACCAUGGACCCCAUCGAAAUCAUGUAUAAUGAAUCUCUAAAGUGCGAGAGAUUGAAGAUGCAAAAGGACAGGAGGAGACCAGAUACCUGUCAUCCUUUUCACCCUGAGGAGAACUCAAUGGAGUGCGGAGGAGCUGUGGUUCUUGCUCCGUCUCUUGCAGCAACACUGCUCUGCGUCCUUCUGGCGCUGUUCCCUAGGUGACCAGAGCUGGCCACGCCUCUCCAUCCAGAACUUGACUUGGAUCGGCUUGGCUCGGCAUGCAAAAGAAUCGCAAUGAUGCCACCGAAAAAAACACUCCUGCCCCUUGUUAAAUUGUGCCCAAUUCCAACUUACCACCUACAAAGCCCCAAGCCCUGAGGUACCUCCCUACAAGGCACUUAUUUGAAAGGAUUGAUGAUGGAUAGGUAUUACAACUGCUAGGUAGUGAUCAUUAAGGUGCUUUAGCAAUAUCACAUGAGCUGCACAGAGAGAUUUUUGGGGAGUUUUGAACAUAGUAAUAAUGCUAACAAUGCACAUACUGUAGUAGCUUAAAAACUGCACAAGUGGUCUGGUAAAUCCCACUGACACUCACACCACUAUGUUCAGUCCUUUCAGGUAGCAGUUAAGGGGUCUGUAGCUGGGCUUGGAACUGGGCAUUAGAGCCACGUAACACCCAUGUGGAGAAAGACAGGUGCACCUUCCCCUGGCCCACUCUGACUUUUCAUGGACAAUAAUGAUUCUGAGAAUAAAAAAUAAUACUGAAGAUGAAGAUGAUUAUAUGUGGCUGGGGUUGUAAUGAAAUGUUUGUCUAAUGAUCUUUUUUUUCAUGAUGAGAAAAAAACAAGUUCUAGUCUAUAUAUGAAGAAAAAAAGAGUUUUAUUUAUGAUUUGCAAGUGAUACCCAUAAACUGUGACAAUGAGAUUUUGAGUCCUCUGACGUGAGUGGUUGUUAAUAUUUGAGCUUUGCCUUAUUGAACAAUAUCGGUCCUGUUUGUGUACUUUUGAAAUAAAAUUAUGUUUAAAAUUUA